AGCAGAGGCAAGAGUCUGUCCAAACAGCAGCCUCAAUCACACCUGAGGACCUGAAGUAGCUACGCUGAAUUAGUUCGUAUCGAUGCUGUAGAGAAUCGCCAGCACAAUGUUGGGAUUAAAUAAAGUGGCGCUGCUGCUGUCUUUCCUGGCCUCGGUGGCUCUGAGCCAAGAAUCCCUGAGAACUGAGAGUCAUUCAGACAAGAGACGGAGAGUGGCCUUCAACAUAUACGCUGACUCACAGACAACAGGCGUGACUGAAUGGACAUCUUGGUUCAACAUUGACCAUCCUGGGGGAAAUGGAGACUACGAGCGCCUGGAGGCAAUUCGUUUCUAUUACAGAGAGAGAGUUUGUGCACGGCCUACAGCCAUGGAGGCUCGUACAACAGACUGGGUGGAAGCGGCAGAAACUGGGGAAGUGGUUCAUUCAAGUCUGGAGAAGGGAUUCUGGUGCAUCAACAAGGAACAGCCACAUGGUCGCGUUUGUUCUAACUACCACGUUCGCUUCCAGUGCCCCCCAGUGCAAAGCUAUUGGACUGAGUGGAGUGAGUGGGGCCCCUGUUCAACCACAGUUUGUAAUGACGUGGGUGUCCAAGUCCGCCGGAGGAAAUGUGUGAGCGCACAGCCCAUGCCUCUGCUGUUGGUGCCAGCAUGUCAGGGGCACCAUUCAGAGAGAAGAGAGUGCACCACCCCACCAUGUACAGCUAAAUGGAGUCCAUGGGGUCCCUGGGGGUCAUGUUCAGUGACCUGUGGUGGAGGUCGCAGGAUUAAGAGAAGGACUUGCGUAAGGACUUCAGCGACAGUGCAGUGUGUGGGACGGCCUGUUGAAAUCCAGAAAUGUGGAAAGACUCCAUGCCCAGCCAAAUGCCAGUAUGUGUGCACUGAAGGACAUCCCAGUGAAGACUGCAGUCACUGCGUGUGCAAAGGCCACAUCCUACAUGGUGAUAUCCACAGUGUGACUGGUGUCCCUGUGGCAGGAGCCUUUGUGUCACUAGCCAGCCAUCCCAAGGUCAUCCGUGCCCGUACAGACGCUAUGGGUCACUUUAAGCUCCCAGGAAUCUGCUCUUCCAGCCCAACUUUAAUCACCAUCAGGAAGGAGAAAUUUGCCCCCAUCACUGUGUCCACUUCCAGUAACACCACAGGCAUGUCCUGGGUCCGGGCUAUUCUUAGAUCAGCUGAAAAGCCGUACAUUGUGAAGCACCCGGAGGAUAAAGUGCGUUACGAGGGAGGACGGGUGCUGCUGUGCUGCAAGGCAGCAGGAUCACCAACACCUGACAAAUACUACUGGUAUCACAAUGGGACUCUGCUGGACAGGAAGGUAUACAAGUAUGAAGAGGAGCUUGUACUGCGAAAUCUGAAGCCAGAGCAGUCGGGACAGUAUUACUGUAAAGCCAGCAGCCCUGCAGGAAGCAUCAAGUCCUCCCCCGCCUUCCUUACUGUAAUUGACAAAGGAGCACCAGCAUGCAAUUCUACCCCUGAAACACAUCUCAUCAGGCUACCCACAGACUGUGUUCAACCCGGGACUGACUCCAAGUACUACAAUGCUGGCCGCUGUCCUCACAACAAAUGUGCUGGUUCCUUAGAUUUUGAUAUGGGCUGCAGAGAUGGAGCUGGAUUCUGUUGUGGUGUUAAAAAUAUGGAAAGCAGAAUUAUUGACUGUGGUAGCUACAGCCUCCCCAUCCGUGCUGUGAUACAGUGCAGUUGUCAGAAGUGCGUGCAGCCAACUGUGCUGGUUCGAGGUCGAGUAGUCACAGCUGACAAUAAUGAGCCUCUGCGUUUUGGGCACAUCUACAUUGGUAAAGAGAGAAUGGGUACCACUGGAUACCAAGGAGGCUUCACAUUAAGAAUCACCCCUGACACACAGAGAUUAGUUGUAAAUUUUGUUGAUCCUAGUCAAAAGUUUAUUGACACGCCCAAGGUGUUCAUCUUUGACAAGAAAAGUGGAUCUAUUUACCACGAUGUGAAAGUGAUGAGAAAACAAACACCAAUUGAUAUCAAUGCAGGAGAGACCAAUUUUAUUAACCUUGGAGAAAUUAAAGAUGAAGACCCCAUAGGGCAGUUGGUUAUUCCUCCUAAUUCUUUUCAUAAGGACAAUGGAGAAAUCUACGAAGGAACUGUCAAAGCCAGUGUCACAUUCAUUGACCCAAGAAACAUCACUACUGCAGCAGCUGCCCCCGGCGACCUUAACUUUGUGGAUGAUGAAGGUGACAUGCUUCCUUUAAGGACCUAUGGCAUGUUCUCUGUAGACUUCAGAGAUGACUCCAACAAGGAGGUACUUGGAGCUGGCGCUGUCCAAGUCCUCCUUGACACACAGCACGUCAAAAUGCAAGAACACAUUCCCCAGAUGAAACUGUGGUCUUUGAAUCCCGACACAGGAGUCUGGGAAGAGGAGAGCGACUUUUCUUACAGCACAACAACUACUGGUGGUCAUGGAAGGAGCAAGCGCGAGGAGCGCACAUUCCUCAUAGGCAACAUGGAAAUCAGAGAACGCAGACUUUUCAAUUUAGACGUACCUGAAAAUAGACGCUGCUAUGUCAAAGUUCGUGCCUACAUGAGUGACAAGUUCCUACCUACUGAACAGCUGGAGGGUAUUGUGAUUAGCUUGAUAAACUUGGAGCCCAAGCCUGGUUAUUCUUCUAAUCCCAGGGCAUGGGGCCGCUUUGACAGUGUCAUAACAGGACCUAAUGGGGCCUGUUUACCAGCUUUCUGUGAUGCCCAGAAGCCUGAUGCUUACACAGCUUAUGUCACAGCAAUGCUGGGUGGGGAGGAACUAGAGGCAGCUCCUUCCUCCCCAAAGAUGAAUCCAAACAUCAUUGGAGUCUCUCAGCCCUAUCUAGAUAAAAUAGACUACCAGCGUUCAGACCAUGAUGAUCCAGCAUUAAAGAAAACUGCCUUCAAAAUCAAUUUGGCAAAGCCUAACCAAAACAAUUUUGAUGAGACCAAUGGGCCAAUAUAUCCAUAUCAGAAUUUAAUAGCUUGUGAAAAUGCCCCUGUUGAUGCUAAUCAUUUCAGGUUUUUUAGAGUAGAAAAGGACAAAUAUGAAUACAACGUUGUUCCCUUUGAGGAGAAUGAUUUGACAACCUGGACAGGAGAUUACCUGUCCUGGUGGCCUAACCCCCAAGAGUUUAGAGCAUGCUUCAUCAAGAUCAAAAUUCUUGGACAGAAAGAAGUCAUGGUCAGGUCAAGGAAUCUGGGAGGAACACACCAAGAGACAAAGGGCCAGCUUUAUGGAAUUAGAGACAUUCGCAGCACUCGGGAUAUGCGAGAGUCCAAUACCUCAGCAGCAUGUUUAGAGUUCAAAUGCAGUGGCAUGUUAUUUGACCAAGCUGAGGUGGACCGGUCCCUCAUAUCAAUCCUUCCACAAGGUAACUGCCGCAGGAUCAACACCAACAACCUCCUACAAGAGUAUCUCAUUAAACAUCCACCAGUGGCUCAAAACAACGAGUCUCAUGCCUUCACCAUGUUAGCACCCGUUGACCCUUUGGGACACAACUAUGGUAUCUACACAGUCACAGACCAGAACCCUAGAGUGGCCAAAGAGAUCGCUAUUGGGCGCUGCUUCGAUGGCACCUCAGAUGGUUUCUCCAGAGAGAUGAAGUCAGACUCUGGAGUUGCACUUACCUUCAGUUGUCCAGAGAGGAAAAUCAACAGGGAAAGCCUUUUCCAGCGUCUGCAGACCAACCCAGCUCAAACUUUGUCUCAGAUGGCGAGGGACAUGAGAGAGUUAGAUGGUCUGCAGAUGAGGAGAUCAUCCACCCAGGUAGUUGCUUAUCCUUCAGAGCAACGGGGUAGGACCCAGAAUCGCAGAGUCACCUCAACCACCAGAAGAAGAGUAUCUACACGCAUUCAGUAAUGCCAACAGAAGUGAUAAAAAGUCUUCAGUUGAGAGUCAUAUGAUGGCAUCAGAGUGUGAAUCCCCCCAUUACUAUGAAAAUCACAAACCCGAGACAGACAUCAAUUUAGAAAACUCAUUAGGUCUGACGUUUAAUUGAAGAAUUUGGUAUAUUAAUUUCUCCCAACCACGGUAAAAGACAAGUAUCAUUUGUUUUUAUGUAACUUGGUGACCGGCUUUUAUUGACUUUGCUCUCAUUUUAUGAAUGAAUACACUAAAUUGAGGGUUGAAAUUGGAACUUUUAUAGAGCUAAUCUGUGGCAUUCCACUUCCAUAGUGGGUGUUUUUGCUGACAUAUUUCGAUGCUUGACCCAAAACCAGAAAUUUAAAAACUAUAAAUACUAUGGUAGACCCCAAACACUUGGUAAUUGGCCAUAGCUUUCCACUGAACUCAUGCUUUUCCUCAAGUUCGGAGAGAAACCAACGUGAGGUCCUUGUUGUCUGAAGCAGACACUGAGCCCUUAUUAUACAAACUCAGAAACUCUCCAUGAAGGGGAGGAACAUGCAAAAGAGACAGUGGGGUGAAGCAUGCCACCCAGUGAACAGAGAAUCUUUUCAGCCAUGCUUCUCAGUGUUUUUCAUUAGUGUACCAUAUUGCCAACUGUGAUUCAGACAGACGUUCUUCCACACUUACUUAAAAUGUGGAAGACUGAGGUUGUCGUCAUGACAAGCAAGGACCUUACUCUAGACUGGCACUUCAAAAUAAAGAUAAUUGUUUUUGGAAGCAUGACAUAAUUUCCUUCCCCCCCUCUGCACAUUCCACAUUAGAACAUCACCAAACAAAGUGUUACUUAUAGUAAUCUAUUCCUCAAUACUUUCAUUCUCACCAAGAAGCUCUUUCAGGGUCUAAAUGAACUUUGUUUUUGUUCUAGGGCAAAGUGUUUAUGAGCUGCCUUUAUAUCUUGAAGUGCAAUAAAUAUCAUUAAACUUGAGAAUGAAUAAAAUUCAGCAUGUUUCAAACUAUA